AUGUUCACUGUUAGUGAUAAUAAUAGUAUGUCAUCAGUAUCGUCUCGAUACUCUGGUAAUUGUAACAAUAAUGUUUUAACUAAAAAAUAUCUUCGUAUUCUGGAUAUCGACUUCAAUGGACAAUUUAUUCGUUUAAUCAACAAAUCUCAUGGAAGAUCAAUAGACUUAAGUGAUUUAACACUAAGACAAUAUCCCAUUCAACGAGCAUCCACUCCAAAAUCAUCUGUUAUCACACAGUUAACAUUACCAACAAUCGGCGGUAAUAGUAAAACAUCCGCAACAUUACCGAUAAUCAUCGAAGAAGAACAACAAAAUUUAGAAGAUAUCGAGCCAAUCAAUGAUUUACCAACAUUAAAUGAAUAUACAUUUCCCAGCAAUUCAACAGCAGCUUUACAAGGUGGACAUGUAGUAACGAUAUGGUCAAAUAGUUUUCACACACCCCAACGUGAUUCUCAUCCGUGGGUUUAUAUAGCAGAAAAUGUCAACAAAUGGGAAACAAAAGAAGAUAUGAGAACAGCAUUAGAAACAACAAAAGGCAAAGUUAUCCACGAAUAUGUUCCAUGUAUACACAAUGAGCUGACUGAUGUACCCUAUCUUUACAAGAACUCGUCACGCAAAUUUGAUAAUUUAUCGAUUUUACCAAUGCUGCGCGAAAAUAAUAAAUAUAAAUAUGAAAUAUCACCAUAUUGCUUUACGAUCGAUAAUUCAACACAUCCUUAUUAUUUGGGUAGGAAAAAACACCGAAUAACACCCCAAACUAAUCCUUGUUAUUAUAAUCGACAAAGUUCACCUAAUUUAUAUCGAUCAAUAACAAAUGCUAGUUAUUUAAAACAGUCAAUCAUAACCGAAAGAAAAAUGCAUAGUACUGGUCAAAAAGAUGAUGGUAGUAGUAGUGAUCGAAAAAUUGAAUAUUAUUUUAAUAUGUUUCGACCGUUAAAAACAGACAUAACAUUACCAUAUUCCAAUAAUUCUGUUUAUGUGGGAUAUAGAAAUAAGCAAACCGUUUAA